AGCGAGCUCGACCUCCACCACGACGCCGCGCAGGAGAAGGACCACAGCAGCAACUUCAACGUCUACGAGAACCAUAACUCUGGCGUCAACGAGCACGAGCACCACGUCGACGACUACGAUUACUCCUCCUACGACAACACCAGCAAGGGGGCCUCCGGGUCGACGCAGGACCACGCCGCCGGGCAGGUCAACAACAACUUCCACGUCGAGAACAACUAA